GAAGAUAAUGCCAAGGUGCAUAAAUUAAAAGUUACAGGAAAGUUCAAGAAAGAACAUGGUAUUGAUAUUUUGCAAUGGCUACUCAACAGCUCUGACCUUAGCCCCAUUGAGAAUAUAUGGAGAAUCAUUCACUGCAAAAGACCGCUGAUUUUAGUUCCUGAAAACCUGCAAAAAUUUUACUACAAUUUUCGAUUUUUAAUUUUUUCAAAUAAUUUCUAUUUUUUUCUGUUGUGA